AUGGCGCUUGUAAAUUCUUUUCUCCGAAGAGGGAUUUAUUGUUUAAGUCAGCGAUGCCAACAGAGAUUAUACUCCCAAUCAACUACUGUCCCUGUCAGUAAAGAUGAACAACUCAAACCAAAAACUAAACAAGCCUCUUUCAACUGGCAAGAUCCAUUGAAUUUGGAAUGUCUCCUCACUGAAGAGGAAAUUUUGAUUCGUGACCAAUUCCGACAGUACUGUCAGGAGAAACUCAUGACACGUAUUCUUGAUGCAAAUAGACAUGAACAUUUUGACCCUGAAAUCAUGAGGGAAUUGGGAUCUUUGGGAGUUCUUGGACCAACAAUUCAAGGUUAUGGCUGUGCUGGUGUCUCUUCUGUAGCUUAUGGUUUAAUUGCAAGAGAAAUUGAAAGAGUUGACAGUAGUUACAGAUCUGCAAUGAGUGUACAGUCGUCGCUUGUGAUGCACCCAAUUGAUGCUUAUGGAAACCAAGAACAGAAAGAACGAUUCUUGGCAAAACUGGCGACAGGAGAAUUGAUUGGCUGUUUUGGAUUGACGGAACCCAAUCAUGGAAGUGACCCUAGUUCCAUGGAGACAAGUGCCACAUAUAAUGCUUCAAAUGAUACUUAUAUUUUAAAUGGCUCCAAAAGUUGGAUCACCAACUCCCCAAUAGCAGAUGUAAUGAUUGUGUGGGCUAAAUCUAAAGCCCAUGGUGAUAAAGUUCGUGGUUUUAUUUUGGAAAAGGGAAUGCCUGGCCUCUCUGCUCCUAAAAUUGAAGGCAAAUUCUCCCUCAGGGCCAGUAUUACGGGACAGAUCGUUAUGGAAGAUGUUCCUGUACCAAGUGCAAACUUGUUACCUGGGGUCACUGGUUUAGGGGGUCCUUUUGGCUGUUUAAACAAUGCUCGUUAUGGAAUUGGCUGGGGUGUUAUGGGUGCUGCAGAGUUUUGUCUGCAUUAUGCCAGACAAUACACACUUGACAGAAUUCAAUUUGGUGUUCCAUUGGCUAAGAAUCAAUUGAUACAAAAGAAAAUGGCUGACAUGUUGACCGAGAUUGCCCUUGGCUUGCAGGCAGCAAUUCAAGUUGGACGUUUAAAAGAUGAAGGAAAAGCUGCUCCUGAAAUGAUUUCUUUGAUUAAAAGGAAUAAUUGUGGUAAAGCAUUAGAAAUUUCCCGAAUUGCUCGAGACAUGCUUGGUGGGAAUGGUAUUUGUGAUGAGUAUCAUGUCAUCAGACACGUCAUGAACUUAGAAGCUGUCAACACAUAUGAAGCUUGCACACUUCAUUCACUUUUGCAGUCUGCCUGUGAACUUCUUUCUCUUUGCUCACACAUUUUUCUCUUCUCUCUCCCUCUGCUCACACCUUCUUCUUCUUUCUCUCUCUCUCUGCUCGCACAUUUUUCUUUCUCUCCCUCUGCUCACACCUUCUUUUCUCUCUCCUCACACCUUCUUUUCUCUCUCUCCUCACACCUUCUUCCUUUCUCUCUCUCUCCUCACACCACCUUCUUCUUUUCUCUCUCUCUCCUCACACCACCUUCUUUUCUCUCUCUCCUCACACCUUCUUCUUUUCUCUCUCUCUCCUCCACCCACCUUCUUCUUUUCUCUCUCUCUCUCCUCCACCUUCUUCUUUUCUCUCUCUCUCCUCACCUCACCUUCUUCUUUUCUCUCUCUCUCCUCACCUCACACCUUCUUUUUUCUCUCUCUCCUCACCUCACACCUUCUUCUUUCUUUCUCUCUCUCCUCCACCUUCUUCUUUUCUCUCUCUCUCUCCUCACACCUUCUUCUUUUCUCUCUCUCUCUCCUCACACCUUCUUCUUUUCUCUCUCUCUCCUCACACCUUCUUCUUUUCUCUCUCUCUCCCCCACCUUCUUCUUUUCUCUCUCUCUCCUCACACCUUCUUCUUUUCUCUCUCUCUCUCUCCUCACACCUUCUUCUUUUCUCUCUCUCUCUCUCCUCACACCUUCUUCUUUUCUCUCUCUCCAUUUUUCUCACCACUGUUGA